AUGGCGAGGCCGAAGCGGCACUCCGUCCCGCCGAACGCCGAAGGCGAGACAUCCGGCGUCAUGGGCUUCUCGUACCUUCCCGUCGCCACCCCGGUGCCGUUCGGGACCUCGCACCACUCCGGAACGCUCCGCACGGCCGCCUCGGCCAUGCCCGGCCCCGCCAAGCUGCGCACCGCUCAGCCGCCGGCCGGCGCCCGGCACGGCAUCUCCGGCCGCUCGCUCCCGACCAACAAGGCCGCGCCGGUCCCGGCGGCCGCGACCGGCCUCCGCGGGCCUAAGCCCCCGAACGCCGAACCGAAGAAAAACUCUGAGCCUGUGGAAACGAUCGCCGGUUUCAAUUACCACGAGGCCGGGGACUCGGGGCACUCGGAGGGCAAGCCGGCUGCGGCGCGCCCGCGGCUGGACCGCAAGUCCGGCGGGCUCGCGAAGCUGAUGGGCAAGCCGGACUCGUCACACGGCCCCGGGGGGGUGUUGGCGGAGGACGCGGCGUCGAGCGCGACGGACGCGACGACCACGAACGGGUCCGCGAAGGCCCCGAAGCCCGCGCGCGCGCCGAAGGACGCCCCGGCGUCGAGCACGACGACGACGCCGGUCCAGCCACUGGGGGCGGACUCCACGGCAGUCCCCCCGGGGCGUGUCUCGGGCCUCGUGCCGCACGACCCGGCGUACGAGGGCCACGAGGAGCUCCUCCCGUUCGCGGAGGCGGACCCGGACCGCCCGCGCAUGCACGUGCAGUCCGUUUCGGGCUGGAUCAACGACCCAAACGGCCCGAUCUUUUUCGACGGACGGUAUCACGUGUUCUACCAGCUCGUGCUCGGCCAGACGAAGUGGGACUUCGGGAUCGUGUGGGGCCACGCCGUGUCCGACGACCUCGUCCGUUGGAAGCACCUGGAGCCCGGAAUCGCGCCCGGCACGCCGUUCGACCGCAGCGGGUGCUUCUCCGGGUGCUGCGCGGUGGAGGACGGCCGGCCGCUCAUGAUGUACACGGGCGUGCGGCUGAAGAACGGCAUGUCGCCCGCGGGCCCGCCCGUCGCCACCGUGAUCGACCCGCGUGUGUACGACGAUCAUGGGGACUACGAGGACCACGGGCUGCCGGGGCAGCCGUUCAUCGAGGCGCAGUGCAUCGCCUGGGGCGACGAGAGCGACCCGGACCUCCGAAAGUGGGUAAAGGUCGAGGAGCCCAUCAUUCGCGCGCCGCCGGCGGAUCUCAAGCUCGUGGGGUGGCGGGACCCCUACAUCGUGCAGCCGCCCAGCUCGGGCACGCCCGCGGCGCGCCUGAUGCACCGCGCCGAGCCGAAGCGCCGUCACAUGAUGCUGAUCGGCGCUGGCAUCGCCGGGGAGGGCGGCACGGUGCUCGUGUACCGCUCGAACCACAUGUCGCGCGGGUGGGAGUACGAGGGCGAGCUGUGCCGCGGCACGCUCGAGCACGGUGCGAUGUGGGAGUGUCCCCUGCUGGUGCCGCUGCCGCCACGCAAGCCCGCGCACGGGCGGCCGUUCGGGAUGGCGAGCGCGAUGAACCGGAGGACGAGCUCGUUCGUGUCGCUGCGCGGCAACCCGCCGGGGAUCGGCGGCGGCGCGGUGACCGAGACCGAGGACGAGGACGCCCCCGGCGGCUUCGCGUACGGCACGUCUAUCCAGAGCUCCUACCGCGAGAGCAGCUACAUCGCCGACGGCAUCCCCCUGCCCAGCGACUCGAACCCCGCGGGCCGCGACGCCGACGCCGGCAACACCGACCACGAGGGCUUCGCGUACGGCACCUCCGUCGCCUCCACCGCCGCGGGCGGCGCGAGCCUCAUGGCCUCGUCGCACCUCGCCGGGCGGCCCGCGGAACUCCCCCCGGGGGCUCAGGCGCAGACGUGGCUCCUUUGCAUCUCGCCGGACGCUCCGACGAACCCCGUGCUGUACUGGACGGGCCACUGCGUGGAGGGCAAGUUCCUCCUCGAGGACGCGCAGGGCCCCUACCGGCUCGACAACGGCGACAUCCUGUACGCGCCCAACCACUUCGUAGACAAGCACGGCCGCCACCUGCUGUGGGGGUGGCUCCAGGAGCGCCGCAACGCCGACGGCACGGGCUACGCCGGCUGCCUGACUGUCCCGCGGCUCCUGACGGCUACGCCGGACGGGAGGCUCUUCCAGGAGCCCGUGCCGGAGGUGGCGCGGCUGCGUACGGGGCGGCCGUGGCGGAUCAACCUGACGACGCUGGCGCCGACGGACCCGAUCAAGAUCACCGACGUCAAGGGCCGCAUGAUCGACCUCGAGCUCUUCUUGCGGCGCGGCGAGUCGGAGGCGAUCGGCGUCGUUCUGCACCCCGCGUCCCCCGAGGCCGGGGACGACGCGUGCGACGCGGUGCUGCUGUACCACUGGGAGCGCCAGACGCUCGAGGUCGUGUGGGCGAAGCCGCAGGCGUGGGGCAACCGCGGCGCCGGGCUCGAGGGCGCGCCGGAGCACCGCGUGGGGGGGCGUAUUGAGGUCGGAGACACCCCCGACGACCUCACGCUGCGCGUGCUGAUCGACCACUCCUGCGUCGAGGUCUUCACGUCCACGGGCGAGGUCCUCUCCACCCGCGUGUACCGCGGGAAGCCCCCCGCGGACGCUCCCGCCAAGACGCUGCCCUGCGGCAUCGAGCUGGUGUCGUACGGGGGCGCCGCGACGAUCGAGCGCGCGGUGGCGUUCGAGAUGAGCUCGAUCUGGGAGCCCGGCGCGUCCGGCGCGGAGCCGCCGCGGUGGAGCCAGGACGUGCCGCCCACGCCGACGUCCACGCCGCUGGACAAGGGCAUGUUCUCGCGCCAGUCGCGGACCCGCGCGGACAGCGCCGGCGCGGAUGAAGUGCUCGGCGAUAUGGAUAUGUGA